AUGACAUAUGGCUAUGAGUUCUCGCCCGCACGGGAACAAUCCGAGAAUGCAGCGGUGCUGGAGCAUAGCAUCAGGUUUAAAGUAUUAGAGGAAGUUCAACUCUUGGAUGUGGUGGAGCACAUCCUCGCGAACGCUGCGGCCGCUGCUCCUCCUCCUCCUCCUGCCCCUUUCGCCGGAAAAGAUAAAGAAGAACCUGUCGCCGCCGCCGCAAUAGAAUUCGGGCGAGCCCGCGCUCUGGAGUUGCUUCAGCUGGGGGCCGUGUACGUGGGUGUACCGCAGAAGGGUCUCGACUUCAUCAACUGGAUGCGCUCACUGGAGCUGCCCGUGGCCCCCACAGCGGCUGUCGUACCACGUGGUCACUACGUACGAGUACACCCCCGACCCAAACGAUACCCAGCCUGCUACUGCGCCGACUGGCCCCGUCGUGUUCUCCACUGCGACUCGGACUACGUGGUGGUCAACAAGCCCGCCGGACUGCCCUGCAUGCGGCACGAGAGCAACGCCCUGGAGGAGCUCGCCAGCUGUGUGGGGAGAGCGCUGGGGAUGGAGGGACUGGAGGUGUGCCAUCGAUUGGACCAAUGGACGACAGGCGUUGUCGUACUUUCCCGUACGAAAGAGGCCAAUAAGGCAUUCAAACGUUCCCUCCAAGACCGCGAGGCGGGACUGAUCAAGACGUACAAGGGAUUGACGUACAGUCCCGUGCCAUUAGGCACGCUUGAGCACUACAUGUACGACGGUCCAUUUAAUGAGGGGGCACCGGUGCUGGGCGGCGGCAACUUGCGGCCCCGGGGCCCCCGGUUGUUGAGCCGUACAGCACAUGCACGAUGGCGGUUAUGUCGGUUGGAUGUACGGGAGUGCCGGGAGCACACUGGGGCGAUGGCUUGGUACCAACAGCAUUUUGGCGGGAGAGGGCAGGAUGCCGUGCACGGCACUGCCGUACGGCAACACCAGGAGCAGCAUAUGGGGGGGAGCAGCAACCGCAAUUUCCACCUGCAAGACAGCGAAGGCGACCUCCGAGACCACAACCACCAUAACGGUAACCGACAACAGACAUAUGUCCAUGAGCCCCAGCAACAACAGCACCAGCGGAGGGAUGAAGAGGAGCAACUGAUACCAUCUGGGUCGCAAAAAGAGGCGCCCCCGCCGCGGCGGCUGUACGAGAGCACAAUCGACCUGCACACGGGGCGCACACAUCAGAUUCGCGCCCAGCUGGCAUCGAUCGGGCGUCCUCUGGUGGGCGACGUCAUGUACGCGCCCAUUGCG